AUGCUCUUCUGGUGUCUCACAAAGCUUUACUUAAAUAGCCCCAUUUUUUCAUCACAAAUAAAGCGCUUCACAACCACUUACUAUAGUUCAUCGUUGCCCAAACCAUUAUUAAACCUAAAAAGACCAUUCGCCGUAUCACAUUCCAUCAUGCCUGGGCUCAAGGAUCAAUUCACUUUAUUAGCAGAUAACGCAAACAUUGAAAAGCCAUUACUCGAUGAUAGACAAUAUCGCUUCUUCAAACUCAAGAAUGAUUUGAGGGUCUUGAUUAUCAGUGAUCCCCAUGCUGAUAAAUCUGCAGCUUCAUUGGACGUUAAUGUUGGAUCUUUUGCAGACAAAACCUACAACAUUCCCGGGUUGGCUCAUUUUUGUGAACACUUAUUGUUUAUGGGCACAUCUAAGUAUCCGCAGGAAAAUGAGUACUCAGACUUCUUAGCUAAGCACUCUGGCCAUUCCAAUGCAUACACUGCAGCAGAGCAUACAAACUAUUACUUUCAAGUUGGGUCGCAUCAUUUGGAGGGAGCUUUAGAUAGAUUUGCCCAAUUUUUCAUCUCGCCAUUGUUUAGCAAAAGUUGCAAAGACCGUGAAAUCAAUGCUGUUGACUCUGAGAAUAAGAAAAACCUUCAAAAUGAUUUGUGGCGAUUAUAUCAGUUGGAUAAAUCACAAAGUAAUCCAAACCAUCCAUACAAUGGAUUCUCAACUGGUAAUUUCGUAACUUUACACACUGUACCUGAACUGGAAGGGAUCAAUGUACGAGAUAUUUUAAUGCAAUUUCAUAAAGAUAGGUAUUCUUCAAACUUGAUGUCAUUGGUUAUUUUAGGUAAAGAAAACUUGGACGAGUUAUCAACUUGGGCUAUUGAAAAAUUUUCUGAAGUAAUUGAUAAAGGUUUAACCAGGCCAAGCUAUGAUGGCGAGCUAAUUUACAAGACUGAUCAAAUGCUCAAGCUUAUAAAGGCCAAGCCAGUGAAAGACUUGCACCAAUUAGAUGUGACGUUUAUGAUUCCUGACGACUUGGAAGACAAAUGGGAUUGCAAGCCACAAAACUAUUUUUCACAUUUGUUGGGCCAUGAGAGUGAAGGCUCUAUUUUGUUUUACCUCAAGUCAAAAGGGUGGGUUACAGAGUUAUCCUCUGGUAAUAUGAAAGUGUGUCAAGGUAGCUCUUCGUAUGUUGUUGAGUUCCAAUUAACUCCUGGAGGGUUGAAGCACUGGCAAGACAUUGUCAAGACAACAUUUGAUUACUUGAAUUUCAUCAGUGAGCAAGGACCGCAGAAAUGGAUCUGGGAGGAAAUCAAAAAUAUUUCUGAAGUGAAUUUCAAAUUCAAGCAGAAGUCGGACGCUGCAAACACAGCUUCCAAAUUGUCCAGUGUUUUGUACAAAUUUGAUGAAUUUAUUCCUGCUGAGAAUUUGCUUAGCUCUUCAGUUGUCCGCAAAUACGACCCUGAAGCUAUAAAGAGAUUUGGAUCGUACUUGAAUACUGAGAACUUCCGAGUUACCUUAGUUUCCUCCGAAUUCGAAGGCCUUUCUCAAAAGGAAAAAUGGUACGGUACUGAAUAUGAGGUGGAAGAGAUCUCCAAGGACUUGAUUGAUCUGCUAAAAAAGCCAAUUUCCAACCGUCAUUUGCAUUUCCCAGUACCAAAUCCUUUCAUUCCAACAAGUUUCGAUAUAUUGGGAAAGAAAUUGGAACAGCCACAAAUUUCACCAUACUUGAUAAGUCAUGACAACAAGAUGAAUCUUUGGUAUAAACAAGAUGACCAGUUUGAAGUGCCCAAGGGGACCAUUGAAAUUGUGUUUCAUUUACCUGGCUCCAACGUUGAUGUCGAAUCGGCUACAAAAUCUGACAUGUUUGCUGAAAUGUUGGACGAUCAUUUGAAUCAGAUAACCUACUUUGCCUCAUUGGUUGGUUUAAGAGUGGGUAUUAAUUGCUGGCGUGAUGGGUUUGCCAUGUACGUUAGUGGAUACAACCAUAAACUACCAGUUCUUUUGAACAAGGUGUUGGAUGAGUUUUUUACCUUUACUCCUAGUAUUGAUAGAUUUGAGCCAUUGAGAUUUAAGUUGUUGAAGGAGUUCAAAAAUGUUGGAUACCAGGUUCCUUAUAAUCAGAUUGGAUCGUAUCACUUGCAAGUAGUGAAUGAAAAAGUGUAUGAUUAUGACGACAAGAUUAAGGAACUAGAGAAUUUGCAAUUUACCGAAGUAGAGAAAUUUAUCAAAGAUUCAAUUACAUCAGCUGGUGUGUUUGCAGAAGUUUUGGUCCAUGGUAAUUUCGAUAUCAACAAUGCAACACAGAUCAAAACGGCUAUUUCUAAGCAUUUGGACCUGAUCAAACCACUCAUGGAGGAGUACGAUGAGAAUAAAUUCCACUUGCAAAAUUAUGUGUUUCAACCAGGAGAAGUGAUUCGUUUUGAAGUGGACCUCAAAGACAAAAAUAAUAUCAACUCAUGUAUAGAGUACUACUUACAAUUCAGUCCAACCAAUGACGAUACAAAGUUGAGAGUACUCACUGAUUUGUUGGCAACAAUCAUCCGUGAGCCGUGUUUCAAUCAAUUGCGUACAAAAGAACAGUUGGGAUACGUUGUAUUCUCAGGGUUGAGAAAAGGAAGAACAUCCAUUGGAUUUAGAAUCUUGGUGCAAUCAGAGAGAUCUAGUGAGUACUUGGAAUACAGGAUUGAUGAGUUCUUGAGCAAGUUUGGCAGGUAUGUUAACCAAGAAUUGACUGAUGAGAAUUUUGAAAAGUUCAAGCAAGCUUUGAUCGAUGCUAAAUUGCAAAAAAUCAAGCACUUGAGUGAAGAGACAAAUCGUUUAUGGAAUGCAAUCACAGAUGGGUAUUACGAGUUUGAUGCAAGACAAAAGCAUGCUUCUUUGUUGGAGAAAAUUUCCAAAGAGGAGUUUAUAGACUUCUUCAAUAAGUACGUGACAGGAGUGGAAAGCAACAAGAACGACAAGACUGGAAAAUUUGUCCUACACUUGAAAUCGCAAGUCAAAAGCGAAGUACCGGAAUCCAAAUUAGUUCAAAGUGCAUUGAGCAAUUUUGGGUAUCGCCAUGGAUAUGAUAUUAGUCACGAAUUUGUUGAUGGUUUGGUCAAGAAAAUGGGCCUGAGUUCUGUUGACUCCAUUAUUGAUGAAUACACUAAAGAAGCUGAACGUGAGGCUAAGAUCACUUUGAAUCAAGAGCAAGUGGCUCAAGAGAUCAAAUCAGCUAUACAAAACCCAGUUCCUAAAGGGUAUCCUAGUGGGGCUUUGGUUGCCUCUGUUGAAGAAUUCAGAAGGACUCAUGACUUGGGUGGUUUUCCUCAUCCUAUUUCACCAUUGUCAAAGUUCUAUUACGAUCAAUUGCAUUUGUAG